CUCUCUACAGUAUAUAUAACCUGACUACUCUGCUGGACUUCACACACAAACGUCUGGCAACUGACAGAAUACAGUGACUGAAAGAAUUAAUACAAAGCCAUGAAGGUGCUCGCAGUACUGGUGCUGGCUGUAUUCACAGUCUGCCAAGCCAACCUGUUCUAUGCUGAUGAGCCCAAACCACAGCUGGAGCAACUGACUGAUGCAUUCUGGGACUAUGUUGCCCAGGCAACACGCACCGCUGAGGACACACUAAAGAUGAUCAGAGAGUCUCAGCUGGGACAGGAAGUCAAUGCUAGAAUUACUGAAAGUGCCAACGCAGCCAGUCAGUAUGCUGUCACCCUCCAAAACCAAAUGAGCCCCGUGGCCCAGGACAUCAUUACCAAAAUCACCAAUGAGGCUGAAGUUCUGAGGGAGCGCCUGGAGUCGGACCUGACUACUGUGAGAGAAAAACUAGAGCCCUAUGCUGACGAUCUCAAAGCCCAAAUUCAGCAGAGAGUGGAGGAGCUGAGGGUAGCAGUGGCCCCAUAUGCUGGAUCCCUGGAUUCCGAGGCCCUGAAAGCCACCGUGCUUCAGAAGAGCGAGGAGCUUAGAGGAAGCCUGGAGGAGAGAGUGAAGGAGCUGCAGUCCCAGCUGGGCCCCUACACAGAAGAGCUGAGACAGAAAGUAGAUCAGCACCUGCAGGAAUUCCAGAAGACAGUGUCACCCCUGGCUGAGGAUCUUCAGGCCCAGGUUGCCCAGAGAGCUGCACUGGUCCAGCAGAGUCUGGCUCCCUACGCUGAGGAUCUGAAAGAGAAACUGGAUCCCUACGCUCAAAACCUGAAGGACCAGCUUGCCUCUCUUUACGAGUCCUUCACCAAGACCAGCUAAAUACUCCAAAAGAAAUUUUCCACUCCAAUGACUGACAGGUGCAAAUGAAAAUGAAAGAAGAGCUUUGCCGCCUUCACUGCAUAUAUACCAGAACAUGCCAACAUUUUCACUGUCAUUGUAAUAGCCAGACAACCAGACUGUUUAGUGCAAUUAACACAACGUUAUGCGUGAAGGUGUGAUGUAAUGUCUGAUGUAACAUUUUCCAUUUCUUUAAUUUAUGCAAAAAUAAAAAUAAAAAUAAACUAGAAAACAGCCUGA